AUGAAGUCCACGGUCGCUUUCUUUAUUGCCCUUGCUGGCCCGGGUUCUGCACGCCUUUACAAGCGCGACGAAUGCGCAACUGCAUGCACUGAUGCAUAUAAUUCAUGCCGAGUUGAGCCGGAUUCCAGUCAAGCAUUUUGUGCGGAGGACUACGAAAGAUGUCUGGGAUUUAAUCCAUUCCUGGGCUCGAACUCAAUCACAGCCCCGACAGCCUGUUCUAGAGGCGCUACAGGUGCCUCAAACACGGCAGCUGUCGAGUCGACCGCUGUUGCCAACACGCGCUCAAGGGUUUCCAGCUCAUCAGCACCCGCAUAUGGAGGGAGCUCAUCUUCUCCUAUUGGCAUUGACACCACGACUCCUGCUGUUAGUACAGACACCAGUAUACCUGAAACAUAUGACUGUGUUACCGAGUGUAACGAUGACUAUAACACGUGUCGCACCGCACCAGACGCCAAUAUGGCCAGCUGUGCCGCACAGUACGCCCAAUGUCUCGGGUACAACCCUUUCAAUGGAGGGGGAUCGCUAGUUACUCCGACUGCUUGCUCUGUCCCUGCUUCCGUCACCCCUCAAGUUACUCAGUCGAGCUCAAGUCAGCAACAAUCACAGAUGGCUUCAAAUUCUGAAACUUCUCAACCUGAUACAAGAGCUGGACUGGCAACAUCGUACCAACAACCAAUAGCCACUUGCGAUGCUGGUGCAUGUAUGGGGGGUACCACAACCGAUGGUGGAACACCAGGGAUGGCGACUGAGUCCCCGGUAAUUGUUGACUCGGCUGGAAGUAUUAAACCUUGGAUAAGCCUUGUGGCUAUGGCAAUUGCUGUUGCACUCUAG